GAGCGACCGCCAACGAUUCAUACGCCGUGUUGACGGUGGGGAUAUACGUAGCCGUUCCCCUGGCAUUUGGCGUUGUAUAGUCUGUGUAGUCCGUAUAGUCGUAUACUAACAGUAGUAUAGUAACGUGAACGGGCCAAGAUGGCCGUACCUUGGGCACACGCCUUCACAGGGCGCGUCACCUUGUCUCUUUACUUUCUGGCCUUUGCCAGCACCCUGGGCCAGAAUCAGCCAUCCUAUGGAGAACGAUACCAGAACCGGGACGGUGUCUACGUGCCUCCUGGCUCCGCAGGAUACCAGACUUAUGUCUACAAGGACAGAAGGUACGGCUACCAGCCUAGCUAUCUGGACCCUCUUUACAGGGGCCCUACCCGAGCACCCGAGGAUCGCUUUCGUUUUGGGGAUGCGACUCCCAGACUGCCAUUGCCAGGAAUUCUCGGAGGUUGGCGGGAGGAUCUUCAAGGAAAAGAGAGACCAGAUUCGAAAAAUUUGAUGCGCGAUAUUUUUGUCAAUACGAAUUAUGGCCAGGUGCAAGGAUUCAAAGUCUACCUCUAUGACAAUCCUGAAUUCAGGCAUAAACCCUGGAAUCUGCCAGUCGAAAGAGUAACUGCUAAUGUCAACGUAUUCCUGGGAAUUCCUUACGCCAUGCCACCUACAAAGGAAGGAAGAUUUAGACCUCCCAGACAGCAUAGAGGGUGGCAACUCUUACAAGCCGUGGAUUGGGGUCCAGCCUGUCCACAACCCAGCAGAUACACGGGAGCCACCAAGGGAGUUCGAGACGUGGACGAAGACUGCCUGUACCUGAAUAUUUUUACACCUCGAAUUGAAUCCGGUUUAGCGCGUCGCUAUCCUGUCAUGGUUUAUAUCCACGGUGGUGAAUUUCUUCAUGGUGCCAGCAACUUAUUCCAGGGUCACAUGUUGGCUGGCUUUUACGAUGUAGUCGUAGUAUCGUUCAACUAUCGUCUUGGAGCACUCGGAUUCCUGAGCACUGGAGAUGAAAACAGCCCAGGCAACUAUGGCAUACUCGAUCAGGCUAUGGCUUUGAAAUGGAUUCAGGAUAACAUUGAGUCCUUCAACGGUGACAAGGAUGCCAUAACUCUUUUUGGUCCAGGGGCAGGUGCAGCGAGCGCAGGACUCCUCAUGGUGGCACCCAAGACUAGCGACAUGAUCUCAAAAGUCAUAGCCCAGUCGGGGUCAGCAGUGGCAGAUUGGGCUUUGAUAGUGGACAAGUAUCGUGCGCAGAACACAUCAAGAGUCUACGCGGAGAUGCUGGGCUGUAGCAUAGAAAGCAGCUGGAAAUUGGUCCAAUGCUUGAAGGACGGUCGCACCUUCCUUGAAUUAGGAAAUUCCGAAUUUAAGCCACACGUGGGCAUGUUCCCGUGGGCCCCAGUGCUUGAUCUGAACUUUACGGUUCCCAGAGACAAUUGGUACGAAGAAUGGAAAAGUUCUGACUGGCACUUUUUCACAGAAACCCCUGAAGAGAGUAUCAAAGCACGAAAAUUCAGAAAAGAUCUCGUUUACAUGGCUGGAGUGACAACCCAGGAGGCAGCAUUCGUCAUACAUGAUAAUGAAACUCUAGCGAGAAAUCACUAUAUAAUAGAUCCGGAUAUGUUUGAUCAGAAAAUAUGGGAACUGGUGCUCAGAUACAAUUACACUCUUAAUCCUUGGGGAGUUUAUGAAGCUAUUAAAUAUAUGUAUACCUACUGGCCUGAUCCAAAUAACGUUACACAUAUUCGAGAUCAAUAUAUAAAUCUCCUAUCCGAUUUCCACUACGUUGCACCGUUUGACAAAGUGGCUAAGUUAUUAGUAGAACAAAAAGUUCCCGUUUAUUUGUACGUCCUGAACACCACCAUAGAAGCCCUCAAUUUGCCAUUAUGGAGAAGAGUUCCUCAUGACACUGAACAUUUUUGGCUGACUGGAGCGCCAUUCAUGGACACUGAAUUUUUCCCACAGAAAUGGCGACUAAAGCGAGACAUGUGGACCGAAAAUGAUCGCAAUAUGAGUUACUUCUUUAUGAAGGCCUAUGCCAAUUUUGCGACAUACGGAAAUCCGACACCCGCUCAAAUUCUUGGACUGCACUUUGACGUUGCGAAACAGGGCCAACUGCGCUAUCUAAACAUAAAUACGACCUUUAACAGUUCAAUUCUUCUGAAUUAUCGUCAAACCGAAAGUGCAUUCUGGUCGAUGUACUUACCAACUGUAAUAGGUCGCCUGGUGCCCACAUAUCCACCGGUCACAGAGUAUUGGUGGGAACCGAAGCAGCCAUUGCAAAUUGCGUUCUGGUCUGUAUCGACGGCUUGCCUCCUGCUGAUCGUCCUGUCAGUCGUGUGUUGCAUGCUAUGGCGUAAUGCCAAAAGACAAUCCGAUCACUACUAUAGCGGGGACAUCCUGAUGGUGCGAGACGACGAUCACUCGGAGGGAAUCGAGAAUCUGACACGAAAUUCGAAGGAGAAUGUUUACGAAUAUCGAGAUGCGCCAGUUCCCAAAUCAAGACAACCACGACAGAACGAAGCCAAGCUGCAGGAACGAUUAGCACAUAAUCGAAAAUUUAGCUCUACUCCGUCCCUUAGAAGUAGUUCGAAUGUUUCUUUAAAAGAUAUUCGCGCGGAAGGUUUUGUCACGAGUUCACCAAAUGGUCAGCAAAAAUUGGGCAAAGCAACCAGUCAAUCCUCCUUGCCCAAAAGUAAAAGCAAAACACAUUUAGUUCAGGGUGUGCCACAAACAGCAGUUUGAAAAAAUAGCCAUGUCGUAUUUGUUUUAAUAUGCCAUGGUGAGUAUGCAGUGAAAUUAAAAAAUGACGCAGUCAAGAAUGGCAAAGCCAAUAUCUUCUAGAAUGACUAAUCAAAUAAGGUUUUUAUUUAGCAAAACUUAAAGUGCCUCUCGAUACUGCCUAAUCCUAAGUAAAAACGUUCUACAUCCACGGAGUCCGGACUUCGAACAAACUAACUUAAGUUCUUUUCGCUGUAUUUGUUUAUAAGUUUAUUUAGAGUAUUAUACUAUAUAUAUAGUCAGAGUUAUCCGUCCAUCGACAGAGUGUUGCCGAUUGUUAUAUAUAAUUAUUUAGGUACCAGUAAUACGUGUAUUACGUGGAUAUAACGAACUGGAUUUAUUGUCUAUACACGGUGGUUCACAUCAUCUGGAUAUCCCUCAAAAGGUGAAUUCUUAGAGAUGAAUUGCCACCGCGAGGCCCUUCGAUACUGAUGAGCAGCUAAUUCCAAAUUAGGAGGUCAUGUUUAAAAGGUCCUCACAUUAAACGGAUAUAGACUUACUAUUAAUCAAACACCAUAUACAUACAUAUAAUACUGUAUGGCAAAAUAUUGCACAGUAUUUCUUGACAUUCCGACUCAUGCAAUUCCACCGUUUUAUAUAUUUAUAUCAUAUGUGUAUAAGUGUACUUCCACCAUUAACGAUCUCAAAUUCGCGUCAUUCUUGCAUAAUGAAAUGUGAGCACAGAGAUUUUUAUGAAUAUUUUUUUUAUCAUAAUACAAUAAGAAUACUUUUAUAAGUUAUAUGGAAAGUAGUACAUAAUAUUCUACACGUAUACAGAUGUUAUAAGUAACAGAGCAUGGCGUCUUGUUACAACUACGUAAUAAUUGACAAUAAAACACCUUUGUAAAAUAAA